AUGACGGACCAGAGCGAUGAGGCUGAUCCAACCCUUCCAGCGCCCCGCGACAUAUCAACGGCGGGAGCUGAUGGCAAAAAGGGUGGCAAGGGCAAAGAGAAAGCUGUCACAUUUGGUGAUCGCCUACAAGCAUCUAGUCGCAUGGUAUUAAACGCGACCGCCGCAGCGCAACCCUCUCUGAAUGGCUCUGGCAGUGGCAAGGCUUCCGCCGGUCCUGCUUCCACAUACCGGAACGAGAGUUUAUUAUCCGAGUCUACUAUAUCGGAGGCUUCUCGCAGCCGCAGCACUCCUGGUCUCGGCAACUCCUUGAAAGAAAACCCCGAUGUCCCUGGUCAAGCGUCCGCCGGGUACGAGCAGUUUCUCAACCAGGCGCCGCAGAUACGAGAUACGUUCCAGCAUGUUGAUCACAGCGGCCACUGUCUGCAAAGUCAGUCAUUUCGGAAACAAACAGCAUCCGAUGGCUCAGAUGUCAUCCAAUUACUUUCAAUGCCAGACGAAGAGCCAAACUACUCGGAAUCAAAUGAAUUACUGUCAGAGCAAGAAGCCGCGCGCCUCCGGAAAGCCUUCUUUGCUAACGGUACCUCGCAUCCGACAUGGGAUCGCCUUCUCAGCUUCAGCCCAGAGUUUAUUUUGGAUCCCGGCAGCUCUCACACGGCGAGGUCACACAUGGGCACCGAAGAUACGAUAGUUGCUCGUGAUAUUUGGCUACAGCAGUGGCAAGAUGUUCUCAACUCAUACACAGAUGAGGUGUGGGGAGAUUUGGGGUCUUUGGUAGAGGAAGCUAAGCGCGAGAUUGAGACAAGUCGAUCAUAUACAGAUACACGGAGUCCUGAGUCAAAGGCUUUAGAUCGUCUCCGACAACUGCUAGCUCACGUACGAGGGCAAGCCUGA